GCAGCCACUCUUUGCACAUCCCCGGAUCAGCCACCCGCCGCCUUCCAGUUCCCCGCCGGCCUGCCUAUUUAUGCCCCGCUCCGGACCAGCGCUCAGGGCCUCAAGCCACACUGCUGCUGCGCGCUGCAUCCUAGCUCACUAGUACUACUACUACUAGCUAGCUAGUAAAUUAAGCCAUGGCUCCCACCGUGAUGGCCGCCUCGGCCACCUCCGUGGCUCCGUUCCAGGGCCUCAAGUCCACUGCCAGGCUCCCCAUCAGCCGCCGCUCCAGCAGCAAGGGCUUCCGCAACGUCAGCAACGGCGGAAGGAUCAGGUGCAUGCAGGUGUGGCCGACUGAGAACAACAAGAAGUUCGAGACCCUGUCGUACCUGCCGCCGCUCUCCACGGAGGACCUCUUGAAGCAGAUCGACUACCUGAUCCGGAACAACUGGGUCCCUUGCCUCGAGUUCAGCAAGCUCGGCUUCGUCUUCCGUGAGAACGCCACUUCCCCCGGGUACUACGAUGGCCGCUACUGGACCAUGUGGAAGCUGCCCAUGUUCGGCUGCACCGACGCCACUCAGGUGUACGCCGAGCUCGAGGAGUGUAAGAAGGCCUACCCCGACAACUACAUCCGCAUCCUCGGAUUCGACAACGCCAGGCAGGUGCAGUGCGUCAUGUUCAUCGCCUACAAGCCCGAGUAGACCGGCGGCGCCUAAGCUUACCGAUCGCGCGCGCGGACAGCAGGCCCGGCAGCUCGCUCGUGAGCGGCCGUGAAGUGUCUACUCGGUUUUGGCGAACUUGAAGCUCUAUGUCUCGUCUUCCUCCUUUGUUUGUUUCCUUUCUUGAUACUCAUCAUUGUUUGUUUCCUUUCUUGAUACGUCAUUGUUGACACCAAGUUUGGCUUAUUCCAAAAUAUGGGAAAUACUCUAAUAUACCAUAUCAAAUAUACCAUAUCAAAUAAAAUA